CCCCUGUCCCGGUUGUUCCUCUCGGGGAGUGGCCUUCCCCGCUAAGGCUUAGAAGAGAGUCCUUCUAGUCCUUCGCCUAGUCCCGGGCCGAAGUCACAGCCGGGGACUGGUGCUCCCCGCAGCCCAGGAUUGGGGCUAGAGGGCAGGGGGAAGGUUGGAGUGUAUUAGGGAGCCAGACCGGAAGCGGAACUGGAGCGGCGCGGCUACGAGUUUCGGCCGGGACGGUCGAGGAGCUGCACCUCUCCCCGGCCUCCCGAGACUUCCCGUCGCCACCAACCGCCAAUAACUGCCACAAACCGCCGGCUCCGCGGAAGCGCCAUGGAGGAGGCGGAGAUGCAGCUCAAGGGGAAGAAAGUUACAGACAAAUUCACAGAGAGUGUUUACGUCCUGGCCAACGAACCAUCUGUGGCACUGUAUCGACUUCAGGAACAUGUGAGGCGCUCCUUGCCGGAGUUAGCCCAACAUAAGUCUGACAUGCAAAGCUGGGAGGAGCAGAGCCAGGGGGCCAUCUAUACAGUGGAGUAUGCUUGCAGUGCUGUGAAGAACUUAAUGGAUAGCAGUGUUCAUUUUCGAAGCAUUGAAGGCUUGCUGAAACAGGCCAUCAGCAUCAAGGACCAGAUGAAUUCUUCUCAGGGUCGAAGCUCUGCUGACCCGAACAUUCCUUCCUUGGCCUGAUUUUUGGAUGAGGCAAAUCUAUUUCCACCUUCUGAGGUAGCAAAGGCCCCCAGAAGACCAGUGAGGCUCAGAAGCCAGAAGCACCAAGGAAGAAAAAAUGUCCCAUAUCUUGCCAGUACUUGUCUCAACUCCCCCUGACUCUGAGACUCCAGAGACCUCAAUAGCUGUGUAUCAAAUUGGCCCCCAAUGUAAGCAGAAGACAUUUCUGAAAACCCUAAGACUGUGAGCUCUUUGUUUUAGGAGAUUCUCCUGAUUUUUGUCACUAAAUGAAAAGAUUGAUGUCUUCUUCCUUAGGGACAACUUCUCAUCCCAGGACCACCAAGGCUCAUCUCUGAUGAAGGAGCAUGACUAACCAAGUUCCAAAGGCUCAUCUGGGAAAUGUUGAUUACUUAUCUGUAUAAUAGAGAAGGGACCUUUUGAAGGUCAUGUAAAAACAAAAAACAGGUCAGGACAAGGAAAGUGACUUAACUUGCCAAUGAGUCAGUGGCUGAGCUGGGCCAAGAAUCGCAAUCUCCUAAUCUCUUAUAUAGAGAUGUUUUCACUUCAUAUCACAGUGGUACAAAGGUUAACUGGUUUGUGAAGGGACUAGUGCAAAGGUAUUGAGUUCUAGGCUAGAUGGUCAGUGUGUGAUCUUGCUAUAUUUGCUAAAUGUAUGAGGAUCCUAGAGCAAAAAAAGCUUGGGGCAGUGUGCUAGGGAAUGCUGCUGGUUAGCCUGUGAUUUAUGGCUCUGGAAGAACCCCCUUAGAUUAGACAGGAUGGGGAUGGGACCAAAAGUUUGAGAGCUUAAUCAAAUCUGUCUUGAAUGGAAGGGGCCUCAGGUCAAUCAUGUUGUGUUGUUUCAAUCAACUCUUGUGACCCCAUAGUUUCUUUGCAAAGAUAGUGGAGCGAUUUGUCAUUUCUUUCUCUUGUGAAUUAAGGCAGAGAUGCAAGUACCAGAGUCACACGUAAGUAGCUAAAGGCAAAUUUGAAUUCGAGUCUGACUACAUCCAUCUGAGCCACCUAGCUCAUUUUACAUAAGAAUUUUCUUUACAGUCUCUCCAAGUGGCUAUUAAUAACCAUCUCUAGGGGUUGCUGACCUAUGAUCUUGAAGACAACAUCUUUGUGUAAGGGAGAGAACACUGGAUUAGUCAGAGGCUUGACUCUCACCCUUAGAUAUUGUCCAUGUAUCUGGGUGAGGCCCUCCUUGGACUUCAGUUUCUUCUAUUUGUAAAGUAAGGGUCUUGUGGCCUAGGAGAAUGGCUUGGGGCUUAAAGGGCCUUCUGGUUUUUAUCUUGUGAUUCAGUCCAGUUCUACCACUUAAUGAGGUCACCCAUUCUGUUGGGCAGUGUUCAAUUCUCUGUGAAUACCACUGUUAACUUCAACUCAUAUACCUCUGGUCCCUGGUAUUCCAGCUUUUUAAAACUCAGAAGGUAUUUCCAGUAUUCAGUCAGCAAAGAGUUAACUACAUUCAUUCUCAGUAUUGGGUCAGCCAAUCAAAAGGGUCUUCUUUCAGUUUGGCAAAGGAGCUAGGCCCUUCCGUUUACCAUCUUCACAUUUGCCAAAGCAGGCUCCCUAGCUGUUUAUAGGCUAGAAGCAGAUUGAGGUUACAGUAUAUUCUCUGGCCAGAUCCAUGUCCAAUUGUAAUUAACUUAAUUUACAUAAUUAUCCUUCCUUUAUUCUCUCUGUGAAAUGUAAGCUACUUGAGGCACAGAUGGUUUUUCAUUUUUAGCCUUGUAUCCCCAGUACCUAACUAGAGUAUGGAAUUCCUCAACCAAGAGAACUCCUAAACUUCCCUGCCUCCAACAAGGGACAAGCUAAUUGUUUCAAAGAAAAAGGCAGAAAGCUCCUUUAGGAUUAUAUAAGUAAGUGGUUUAAUAAUCUCAUGGGUUACUUGCCUAGGGGCUGUCUGCGGGCAGCUGCCACACUGGAUUCAUUGGAUAUCCAGUCACUUCCAUGUUAUAUGAGGCAUUGACCAGAUUAUUUAGUGGAUUCCCCCUUAAAGUCGUCCCCAAAAUGCCCUGUGGUUAUUAUCGAAUCAGACAUAGAGAGGAGCUAUAUGGCAUCAUGCAUACAUUAGUACGGUUUGACUAUGUUUUGAUAUAUUGCUUGGGAACUGGCUUUGAUUCUCAGGGCUUGGGUGCAAGGCCAAUUCAAGUGCUUAAUGUUCACACAUUGGUUUGAAUAAAUUUCCCAUGCACAUAGACAAGGUCAUUUAAUGUACACACUGUCCUUGUAAUGGUUUCCCCUACCCCUCCUGUCAUGGCUUUUGCCCCCUUUGGUAUAACUUUCCCCCACUAGGGACCCCACAUUCCACCCCUGAAGUCCUUGUGUCUUUCACGAAUCAGGACCCUAUUCUAACAGUGUUGCACAUAAUCAUGUACAAAUCUGUCUUAAGACAAUAGCUGUGUGAUCCUGGCCAAACCAUUUGACCUUUCUCUGCUUGUUUCUUCAUCUGAAAAAUGGGAUGACAGCAUUGACUGUUGAGGAUAAAAUGAAAUAACAUAAAGCAUAAAUAACAAAAAGAAAUAAGUCCCCUAUACAAAUGUUAACUACUACCACCAGCACCAUUACCAUCAUUACUAUUACCUUAGUUGAAAAGAAGCAACUUGUCCUUCAAAGAGACUGGUAUACAUUUGCUGAUUCCCACCUGGUAAGAAGUUAAAUCAAAAGAAGAGAAAAAUCAUGGUGAUUAAGAGGCACUAAGGCAGCUAUACUAACUUGUAUAAGCAGUAGAAAAGUCUACUGUCUGGAGGAGUUUCUCUGCAUGUUAAAUCCAUAACUACUACCCACUUACGGUGACUCCUGUGGUUACACAUGACGCUUCCAAAAGGAAUCUAGAAAGCAUUGCUCAAGACUAUGAAGUCUUAGGCCACAAAGUGAAGACUAGAGGGCCACAAUGGAUGUUUUCAUCAGCACAGCCAAUGAAGGGCAAGGAUUUCAGAACAUCCAGGCAUAUUUGGAAAAUGAAUACCUUGUAAAGGAAAUAUGUAAGACAAGAUUUGGAAUUUGGACCACAACAUUUAGAAAUAACCUUUUGCAUAUGGUUGAAGUAUAUUUAACAAGCACUGCUUAAAAUAUAAUUGGAUAAAAAUCUUGCAAACCUAGUUGAAAAGAUUUUAAUAAAAAGGGAGAAAAUUGCCUAGCUACCAUAGUGAUUGGCUGCAGUGGAAGAAAAGCAGUAAAGCUGUUGAGGGAUUCACAAAAAGAAGAAAUUCUAGUAAAACUAGCAAUAAAAUAAUGUACUCAUCUGUACACUGAUGCACAAAAUGGGGAUAAGAAGCAAGGUGAUCUGAAUGUCAACUUAAGGAUGCAAAGUAAUUCCAUGGUUAUGGUGUUAAAAUAGCAUUUAUAUGGCACUUUUUAAGGGUUGAAAAGUGCUUUUAUUGGUAUUUUAUUUGAUCACUGGUGAAAUAAUGUCCAUUCAAAAGUAACGAGGGGUAAGAGAAGAGAGGAAUAACUCUCUUAGGAACAUGUAUGUACAUUUUGUUGUCUUUAGAAGGGGAAAGAAAAAGGUUAACAUCCUUGAGGUGAUUGGACAUUUUAUCCAACAUGCAUAGAAAUCAGCUUACUGAGGAGUUAGGAUUGCCUCUUAUGUUACAUUUCCAGUGUGGUACAUCACUAUUAGCCAUCAGUGAUUAGCACCACAUUUUCUUUCAACCAAUUAACCAUCAAUAAGCUUCCCCCCCUCCCCACUUUGAGGUAACUGGAGUUAAGUGACUUGCCCAGGGUCACACAGGAAGUGUUGUCAAACUAGAUUUGAACUAAGGUCCUCCUGACUUCAGGGACAUCAAUUAGCUUUUACAGAGGAUUUUUUUUAAUUAAAGCUUUUGAUUUUCAAAAUAUAUCCAUGGAUAAUUUUCGACAUUCACCCCUACAAAACCCUAUGUUUUAUUUUUUUUCCUCCACCCCCUCCCCAGUUGGCAAAUGACCUAAUGUUAAAUGUAUACAAUUCUAUACAUAUUUCUACAAAUAUGCUGCACAAGAAAGAGCAGGUAAAAAAGGAAAACAAAAUGCAAACAAAACAAAAGUGAAAAUAUGUUGUGAUCCACAUAAAGUUCCUAUUGUCCUCUCUCUGGGUACCAAUAGCUUCCUUCACAAGACCAUUGGAACUGGUCUGAGUCACCAUGGGUAUCACUCAGUUUCCAGUUAUUUUAUAAAAAGAGCUGCCAUAAGCAUUUUUGCACAUGUUGGUCCCUUUCUUUCCCUUAAGAUUUACAGAAGAUAUUUUUUAAAAAGAGCAGUAGUAUAAAAAUUCCCCUGUUCAAGGGGAUACAUUCUCCCUAAUACUGCCUAAGUCUCAGUUUCUACAUGUGGUUCCACCAAGUUUAUGUAAUACCUUAUAUAUUCUUCAGCUGGGACCUAGUCACAAAGAGGGGCAUAAACACUCUUAGCCUUUCGGAUUUUAUGUGGUCUAAGACAUAAUCUUUAGCAAUGCUUUUUAGAUUUCUUUUGGAAGCAUCAUGUGUAGUCUCUACAUCCAAACAUCUUAGAGGUAAUACUCUGAAGGGAAAUAACACAUCACUCUAGCUUUUGAACCCCUAUCCAUUGUUUUCUAUCUACACAAUCUGAACACAGCUGUUCACAAGACCAAUCUUUUAAGUACCUACCAUGUACCAGGUUGGGGAUAGAAAAAGAGGUAGAUAAUAGUCCCUGCCCUCAAAAGAGGUCACAAUCUACUGGGAGACAAAUGUGCACACACACACUUUAUACAGGAUAAAUAGGAAAUGAUUAACAAAGGUACUAAAGAGCAAUUGGGAAAGAUUUCCUGUACAAAGGAUUUUAGUUGGGAUUUGAAAGCCAGAGGGCAGAAAUGAGAGGGGAGAGCAAAAUGUCUGAAAUAAAGAGAUGGGGUGUCUGGUUCAUGGAACAGCAAGGAGACCAAUGUUACUAGAUCAGAGUACUUGGAGACUAAAGAGUAGGAAGAUUAGAAAUGUGGGGGAAGAGGUUAUGAAGGGCUUUGACAACAGGAUUCUGGAUUUGAUUCUCAAGGUAAUGGGAAGUUCUUGGAACUUAUUGAAUAGGAACAUGAUAAUAGUCAUAUCACAAGAAAUAUCUAAUAUCAGUCACCCUCUUCCAUCAAUGCAAGGGAAAUUUGUGUGCUUGGGGUACUUUACAACUUUAGCCUGCAGGUGUCAAUGGUUUUGAUCCAUUCGGGAACAUCUGUAUCACAUGAAACUUCCCACUGUUUGACUUGGUCCUCACCACUCUGGAGAAAUCUCUACCUGAACAGAACUUUUAUAAACUCUUUCAAUGAAUUAUAUCCUUCAAAGGGCAUGUAGAAAAUAACAUGUAGUAGCAGUUCUCUCUAAGCUAAAGAACUAUAAAGCUUAUCUCACUGGUCAUCCCUGGGCUAUAGAAACCAAAUGGCCAGAAAGUCGUGCUGUCCAGUCAAUAUUGAUAGCAUGGUGCCAGCUUGCCAAGAACCACCUUCUUCUAGGCUUAGUGUCAAAGAACAAUCUUUUAUAUGAAGUGCUCUGACUCUAGAUGUCCUUGAAGAGCAAUGGCUUUCAGUGUUGGUUGAAAGAGCAUUCAAAGGCUAUUGGACCCUACUGAAGAAUAGUGGGGAUUAAGAUUAACAGACCCAACAUUGCCGAAGCUUUUGGUCAAUGACUUAAAUUCUUUCUGACCAAGGAAUCAUUCACCUGAUGCCUUCUUUCAGUUGACUGCUUCUAAAUGCCCCAGGUUUCCCCUCUCAAAUUGAUGUUUUCUUUUUAAAUUUCAGCAUCACAUCUUUGUCUCCAGAUAUCUAUAUGAUUCAUCAUUUUCUUAGUUUUAGAGGCCUGGAGUCAGAAAGAACUGAGUUCAAAUCUAGCCCCAGACAUUUAUUAGCUGUGUGACCGGGGCCAAAUCACUGGGAAAAAUAGCACCUAUCUUUCAGGGUUGUUGUAUGAAUCAAAUGAAGCAAUAUUUGUAAAAAGCUUAGCAAAGCUUUGGUGUGCUAGUGCUCCUCGUUGUCCUUGGAUUGUGACACAGGCCUUUGACCCAGAGCUGUGGAAUGGGCAGUGCAGCAGUCUCCUGCCCUCUGUAGCAACAAAAGCAUUGCUGUAAUCUCCAUCUGACCAGUUGUCCAGCCCCUUUAACAUCUGUGGGCUUGAAAGCUCUGGAAGACAUUUCUGCCAGUUCAGUUGCCCUCAAGGCCUGCUGUUGUCUUGGUGGGGACUUACCUGCCCUGGACUGUGCUCCCCUUUCACUUCAGUGCAACAGCACAACAGUGCAACAUCUCAGUGCCCAUCUUCUAAGUUGUUUUGGGCAGGAAAACUUUCACCCCAUCUUUUUCUGAGUUCUGCCUUUCCAGAAGUUGUUAGAAUUGUCUGGAGGAGAUUUUGGAGAACUCAGACAAGACCUGCCCUUUCUCUACCAUCUUAGCUCCUGUGGAUUUUCUUGAUUUCUUCUCUAUACUGGUUUUCCUCCUUACUGUAUAACGUCUCAAUCCCCUUUAUUAGAUCUCAGCCAAGUCAUGCGCAGUAACUGUGCCUUCAAGGCUUUCUUUUAGCCUCUUUUGUCUCUGUGUUAAAAUAUUUUAAUUUUAAUUUCUGAGCUUUAGUCCCACAUUACCUAUUGGAUUGCCUAUUGGCAGUCAAAGUGGAUGUUCCAUAGGUAUCUCAAAUUAACUAUAUCCAAAAUAAUUCAUUUUCUUUCCUUUAAAACUCAUCUCUUUCCUGAAUUUCCCUCUUGCUUUUGAGGGCACUAUGAUCUUUACAGUCAAAUCACCCAGGAUCACAUCCUUGAUUUCUCACUCUUUCAUCCCAUAUGUCUAAUCAGUUUCUAAGUCUUGUAAUUUCUUGAUCUAUAAUGUCUCUUGCAUUUAUCUUGUUCCCUACAUUCACAUCACAAUCUAGGUCAAGCCAUUUUGAUCUUUUGUCUGGGCUGUUUCAAUAACCUAAUUGGACUCCCUGCCUCAAGCCUAUUCCCAUUCCAAUCUAUUCUCUACAUAAUGACCAAAGUGUUUUUCCUAAAACAUGCCUGACCAUGUCAAACUCCUUCUGCUUAAUAAACUCUUAUGACCUCUAGAAUUAAAUGUAAAUUCCCCUUUUUAGCAUUUAAAGCUCUUCAUGAUCUGGUCUCUCUUUUUGACACAUGACUACUUUCCAUGCACUCUCUGGUCUAAUCUUACUUGCUGUUCCUCACAUACCACACUCCCAUCUUCCAUCUCUGUGCUUGGUGCUAGUUGUUGUUGAGGCCCAGAAUUCUCUCUCAAUCUGCCUCCUGAUAUUCCUGGUUUCUUCAAGACCCAUCUUGCUGUGGGAGGCUUUUUUUAGUUUCUUCCAGUUGCAAGUGCUCUCCCCUUCAAGAUUACAUUGAAUUUGAUGUAUAUGUCUUUUAUACAGUAUAUCUAUGUGACAAUCAUUCAGAUAAGGCUUGGGAUGGUUCCUUGUCAGGGGACUAAGUUGCUUAAGAUUCUGGGAGUUAAAGUUUUCCCAUCCUAGAAAAGGAAAAGUCUAUCUUGGGCUUGGAACUUCCUGUCUUAAUAGUGGUUUAAAAAUGCUUUCUGAGAGAUGCAGGAAGGGAGAGUCAGCAAGAAGGAUAGAGAAUGGAGACCUCAAAGGUAUUGAGUAGCAGUGACAAAAUCAGUCUGCUUUCCAGGAGAACUAACUGUAUUCUAACCCUUGUAGAGUCUGGAGCCUUUUCCUUUCUUGGCUCCCUGUUAAGUUUUUUUCCCCCUGAGACAAUUGGAGUUAAGUGAUUUGCCCAGGGUCACACAGCUAGGAAGUGUUACGUUUCUGAGACCGCUUCUGACUUCAUGGCUAGUGCUUUAUCCACUGAGCCACCUGGUAGUUGCCCCUUCCUGCUAAGUUUUAAAUAUAGCAAGAAGUAAUUAAACUAUUCCUAUUUGAACAAACAGAACAAUGGUAAAUGUACUCCACUUUCUGCUUCUUCCUUCUAUUUUAUCGGCCCUUCCAAGAAGUGACUGUUAAUUAAUGGUUCCUUUGUUUUUUAAAAUUGGUUUACUUUCUAUAUUAAAAAAGUUUUUUUAAAUAAA